AUGGAACUAAUGGAGUAUGAUCUAGGAGGAGCACCGUAUGGCUAUGUCCCAUUCUGUGAUAGUCGCAAAGAAAUGGAUGGAUUCCGAUUCUGGAAACAAGGCUAUUGGGCAAAUCACCUAGCUGGAAGGCGUUAUCACAUUAGCGCUCUCUAUGUGAUAGACCUGCAAAAGUUCCGUCAAAUAGCUGCUGGCGAUCGUCUUCGAGGGCAGUACCAAGGUCUCAGCAGUGACCCUAACAGUUUAUCCAAUCUCGAUCAGGAUCUACCUAACAACAUGAUUCAUCAAGUGAAGAUCAAGUCGCUUCCACAAGAAUGGUUGUGGUGUGAAACAUGGUGCGAUGAUGCCAGUAAGAGCAAAGCAAAAACAAUUGAUUUGUGCAAUAAUCCCAUGACAAAGGAGCCCAAAUUAGAAUCUGCAAUUCGGAUUAUCCCAGAAUGGAGGGAUCUCGAUGAGGAAGUGAAAAGGGUGCUAAGAAAAGAAAAGGUCAACAUUACGUCUACCACGGCGCCUACGCCAGACGACGAGCAUGCUGAACUGUGA